ACAAGAUGGUGACUCCAGUGCAGGUCUUUCCACUCAUCAAGCUCGGCCGCUAUUCCGCCCUGUUCCUCAGCAUGGCCUACGGAGCCUCGCGCUACAGUUACCUGAAACCUCGGGCAGAAGAGGAGAGGAGGAUAGCAGCAGAAGAGAAAAAGAAGCAGGAUGAACUGAAACGGAUUGUUCGCGAGUUGGCAGAAGCCCAAGAUGACAGCAUCUUGAAGUGAGAAUCUCUGCAAACCUGCUUUCCCUGCAACAGUAGUGGAUGAAUAAAACUUCCUGUGUAGUAUGGU